ACAUACAGCGCAUGUUCAUCCUGCACCCGCAGAGACGACGUGUAAGUUAAUGGGUAACUGUUUGGUCAUUAUCGCGGUCGCCUCACACUUUAGUCCCGAUCCUCAGAUUCGGUGACCGAACGUGAUCUGAACUUUGAACCGACGCCUCUUUCAAAAAGCCACAUGGCCGCAAUCAGCUGUCUUUGCGUCAUCCCCGAGGGAAGGAGAGAAGGAGAGAAGGAGGGAAGGCCCCGCACGCCCCGCACGCCGUCUGCCUCCGGCCCGACGGGCUCCAGCUGCGCGGACAGACUUGGACAUGCUGCACCAGAUGGAGUGGCAUUCAUUUGAAGACGAUGUGGACGUCUCCGCGGACGUCUCCGCGGACGACCGCCUCCACUUAUCCGACUCUCCCGGGUCGAAGCCCUCCCCCAGCGACAUCUCGGAACAUGAGUUCUCGUGCCACUGUUGCUACGACAUCUUGGUGAACCCCACCACCCUGACCUGCGGCCAUAACUUCUGCCGCCACUGUCUGGCCGGCUGGUGGGAGUCCUCUCGCAAAAACGAGUGCCCGGAGUGCCGGGAGAAGUGGGCCGGCUUUCCCAAAAUCAACAUUCUGCUGAGGGAUGCAACCGAAAAGCUGUUCAGUGACGUCGUUCAGCGGAGGAGAGAAGAGAUUGAUGCCAACGCCAACACCUCCCGGACCUUGCUGGCCUUCCAGAGGUACGGCGACAACUUGGGGAGAUCCACGACAAACAAGCACAAAGGAGCAGGCGUCUUCUUCUCUGGAGUCCUGACUGCGCUCUGUUUUGUGGCUCUGAUGGUGCUGGUGUUUCACUGGGGCAGCGGCGCGGUGGAGCAGCACGACCUGCUGAUCAGCAAGCCGGUGUCCCACUGGGCGCCGGAGGAGGUGGUGUCCUGGCUGGAACACCUGGGGCCCUGGGCCCAGCUCUACCGAGAACCCUUCCAGCAGGAGAGCGUCAACGGGAGGCUGCUGCUGAUGCUCGGGGAGGAGGAGUUGUUAAAGCCUCCGUUCAGCAUCGAGAAUCCGGCUCACCGGCGGGCCGUUCUGGCCGAACUGAACCGAGUGAAAACCCUCGGGGUGAAACCUCCGCAGAACCUCUGGGAGUACAAGGCCAUCAACGCGGGGAAGUCCCUGUUCCUGCUGUACGCUCUGAAGCGCUCCCCCCGUCUCACGCUCUUCUACCUGUAUUUAUUCGACUACUCUGAAACCUUCCUGCCCUCCCUGCACACCUGCUGUCCGGCCAUCUCGCACAUCGGCCAGUCGAUGGAGACCAGCUUCCUCGACGCACAGUUGGAGCCCAGUUGGCAGCAGUGGGCGGAGUUCCUGGUGAAGUACCUGCUGCUUCCGUACCAGCUGAUAGCGGAGUUCGCGUGGGACUGGCUGGCCGUCCACUACUGGACGUCUCGCUUCAUCAUCGUCAACGCCAUGCUGCUGUCGGUGCUGGAGGGCUGCCUCCUGUGGAGACUCUUGACCAGAGUCACUAUCAGGUCUCUGCCGCGCAAGAUGUGGAACCACUUGUGGAAGAUGUUAUCUCAGGGCUUCGCCUUCGCCCUCAUGUGGCCUUUCGUCCCUCAGUUUGUGUGCAACUGCCUCUUCUACUGGGCGCUCUACUUCAGUCCCAUCAUCAACAUCGACCUGGUGGUGCAGCAGCUCAUGCACCCGGAGACGCAGGCGCUGUGAGCGGGCCCCGUAGAUGCUGCGCAGUUCACAGCGGAUGGGGGAAGCCAUAAAUCCGUUGGCUGAAAAGAUGACGUGUUUAUUUCGAGCGGUGUCCUCACACGACAUGAAGCUGGCUUAUUUGCGGGUGGAAAAGGACAUCUCCUCGCUUGGCGCCCUCGUCUCUCUGCCGGAUGGCUGCUUUGAGCGAGUGAAGGAGACCCGACGCCAAGGAGAUGAGUACCGGUGGCGUCAUUGAUUGGAAGGACUGCAGUGCAUUCAUAAACCACGUUGCCUAAACGGUCGAGAGGGCGGUUUAUGCAAACGAGGAGUCGCGUUCGAACCCCGGUGGCGGCCGGCGACGGCCUCGCCGCUUUCUGAUAGCUUUGAAGCGCUGCGAUGGCUGCAGUCCGGAGAGCUUUUUUUUUAUGCACAGAGACUGAAGGUGGAACAAAGUAUCGCUAUAUUUUAUUUUUUUACUUUUAUCAUUCGUCUUGAUGGCAUUUAAUCCAAAACCAGUUAAGUGAACAACUUCUGCUCUAAAAGUAUCAGUUUGCAAGAAGCACCAAUGUAAGUGUGUAUAAAUCCUGUUCAUGGCGUAUUUCAUUGGCAUUGCCAAAAAACAUUGUUGCACAUUUUUCUGUAUUAUUCAGAAACAUUUUGUUUGCAGUAUGCGUUUUAUUUGAUGGGUGGAAAGACUUAAUUCAUUUUUUUUAAUUAUUUGCACUUAAACGUUCGACACUGUGAAUUUGUUCUUGACUGUAAAAGGGCAAAUCAAGAUUUUCAUAUCAUUUAAUGCUGUUGUGGAUUUGUUUUUCUCAUGACGUAUUCAUUUCGGGAUAAUAAUUGUAAUUUAAUAAAGUUAAAUAUGUUUACAAGGA